AUGGCUACCGAGAACGGCACCACCCUUCCUGAGAACCCCGCCACAGCUCCUGGCGCCACCGAGGAGACUGUCUCGGCUGAGUCCAAGGGUAAGGGCAAGGCACUUGCAACAGAGCAGGAAGCUCCCGCACAAGACACCGCCAUGGAUGAGGACGAUGACGACGAGGAUGAGGAUGAGGAUCCUGAGACAGCCGAAGCUGCUGACGACGAUGACGACGAGGAAGAUGGCAUGGACGAGAUUGAUCUCGACAAUGUUAUCGGACGUCGCACUCGUGGCCGUGUUAUUGACUUCGCUAAGGCUGCGGAGGAGAACCCGGCGGAUGACGACGAGGACGAGGAUGACGAUGAUGAUUUUGAGGGCGACGAGGACAAAAUGGAUGAGGAUUAA